ACGCCUACAUCGGGGACUAAAAUACAGGCAGAGAAAAAACACCGAUCCAACGGUCAGCGUAUCACCAGAUGGACGGUUGAAUGUUGCCGUUGAGAUCAGUUGCCGGCGAGCCAUUGAGGCACAGUGUGAACACAGUCUAGGCGGUUUGGAAAGAGAACAGUCCAGCUUUGGUCGCAUUUGCUGAGUUGGUGGUUUUAGGUUUCAUUUUCUCUAUUCCCAGAAUUUCUGCUCGGAGGAUCUCUCUCUCUCUCUCUCUCUCUCUUCGCUUGUGAUCUUGUCAAGAUAAGGUCACACAUGUAAUAUUGUGGAGCUGCAGGUUCACAACCCCAGAGGACAUGCGUUGUUGCUGUUUUGGUGCCUUCGCUCCAGCUAAAAAAGAUCUUCCUCAAUCACAAACAGGGUUCAGUGGUUUUUCUUCUGAUAAGAAUGUAAAGCUUUUCACCUACAAUGAGCUGCGAUCAGCAACAGAUAAUUUUAAUCCAAGAAAUCGGAUAGGCCGUGGUGGUUUUGGGAUGGUCUUCAAGGGAACUCUUCGAAAUGGAACAGUAGUUGCAGCGAAGGUUCUCUCCACAGAAUCAAAGCAAGGGAUUCAUGAAUUUCUGACUGAGAUUGAUACAAUCACAAACGUCAGGCACCCAAACCUUGUUGAGCUUCUUGGCUGUUGUGUUCAAGAAAAUAAUCGGAUAUUGGUGUAUGAGUAUGUAGAAAAUAAAAGCCUUGAUCGAAUAUUAUUAGGUCCCAAUAACUCGGCAGCUAAUCUGAAUUGGGAGUUAAGAUCUGCAAUUUGCAAGGGUGCUGCCUCAGGUCUCAAAUUUCUACAUGAAGAACUUGAUCCACCUAUUGUGCACAGAGAUAUCAAAGCUAGCAAUAUUCUUCUUGACAGCAAUUAUUUACCAAAAAUUGGAGAUUUUGGUUUGGCUAAGCUAUUUCCAGAUAAUGUCACUCACAUUAGCACUCGUGUGGCUGGGACAACCGGUUAUUUGGCGCCAGAAUACGCACUUCAUGGUCAAUUAACUAAGAAGGCUGAUGUAUAUAGCUUUGGAGUUCUUAUAAUUGAAAUUAUCAGUGGCAGAAGUGUGUCGAAGGGAUGGUUGUCGGACAUGGACAAACUUCUUUUGGAGUGGACAUGGCAGCUCUAUGAGGAAGGAAGACUGAAAGAACUGGUUGAUUCGAACCUCAAAGAAUAUCCGGAGGAGGAAGUGCUACGAUACAUCAAAGUUGCCCUCUUUUGCACCCAAGCAUCAGCAAAUCGAAGGCCGCCUAUGCCACAAGUAAUAGAGAUGCUCUCCAAGCCCAUACGACUCAAUGAGAAGGAACUGACACCUCCCGGCUUCAUCGAAGGCUCUAUGAGCACUAGUAAAGCUUCAAAGGCAACGAUAACAAGCAAUUUACGUACUAAAGAUGCAUCUUCCAGCGAUUCUUCGAUUCCAUUCAGCUCUGCUCCUGUUACCUGCACUGAACUCAUUCCUAGAUGAUCUAUAUUAGACAUUGGCAAAGUAUAGGACAUCUGCAUAGAAGAGAACUCGGAGUCUAAAUCUUGUCAGUUUCGCCCUUCUUGUCGUCUCCUCUUCUACUCUGAUAAUUUACAAUGUGAUACAGAUGAACAAUUGUUUAGCAAUUUUGAGGAACAUGAAAUUUGUAUAUUCUUCCAAAUGUAUUUGUAUUUGCUCUGUGAAAAAAUAUUUAUUUUUAUUUUUCCAGAUGAUCCUUAAUAAAUAACGAGUUCUUGCUGUUCA